AGAAGAAGUCGCGCCUCCUCAACGGGGACGCGUGGAUAGAAAAUAAAACUAACAAAUAAAAAUGUACCAAUCCAUCUCGAUCUGGAUUCAGUCGUCUUUUGUACGCGAUCGUGUCCGUAUCUUCCGAAAGGGACCCUUCCGAUGGUCGUCAAUAGGUCUGACCACCAAGCCUUGCGCGCGCGCGAAUCCCCGUCGAUCUUUUGAUCAUUUAGGCUCUAAGUGUGUAUUCAAAGAUUAUAUGAUUGAACAGUAGGUUGAAUUGCUUUUUUCCCAAUGCGAGGUAGCACACGUGCCGCGAGCAAAUUGCGAUAAAAUCUUAUAGAACUUAGCCGAUCGUCUUCGUCAUCGUUGGUGACCGAUCGUCGCGAUUCAUAGUGGAAUUGGGAUAUGUAGAACACCGCACGCACCCACCCACCAUCUGCAAACAUAAUUUAGUUGGCAUUUAGAUUUUUUUUUGCAAACUGGCGAUCAGAAAACAGUGAAGUGACUAAGCUCAAGUGAUAGAUUUUCGAGAUCCGGGAAAGCAAUAAUUGAAUGUGCAGCCAGUAAGUGUCCGCGAGAUGGUUAUAAGAAAGUGUCGUUAACAUUCCGGUCGGUUUGAAUUUCGCCAGCCAGUUGUCGUCAUUCGCAGAGUAGUGAUAGUUCUUGGUUCAGAUUUCACGAGUGAGAAGUGACAAGGGCUUUCAGUGAGCUUCAAUUAAAUAGGAUAUCACAUUUUGAUUUCUCGCAAGAUUUAGAUAUUCGCUUCCAAUCGAGUGCUCCCAAUAGUUCGCUGUGCGACGGCGGUUCAGUGAAGAACGAAGAAGUGUUUUAUGGCCCAGUGAAGACCACGAUGACAGCAGCUAGUAGCAGUUGGAGAGAUAAUUUACGUCCCCGGCGGACGUUCCCGAUGGGUGUGAUGGGAGUUCGAGCAGCGACGGCGCCGAUGGUGUUGCAGAUAGUAUUGUUGCUGCUGACAUCACUGGUCCAUCCAUCUGCGGGGCAGCCUGCUGGGACGACGACGUAUGAAGACUGUGAACAGCCGCCGGAAAUAGCCCACGGGAGUGCCCGGGUCACCGUCGAUGAGACCGAGGAGUUUGUGACGGCCCGUUACAGCUGUACGGCGGGCUACAGGUUGGAGGGAAAGGCGGAAAUUCGAUGUGAUAUCGAUUCGGACGAGUGGCAGGUGAAGCAGCUGCCCAGAUGCGUAAGUGAAUCGGCCGACGAGAGUAACACACAGCAGCCCCAGAAGAAACGCAAAAACAGUAAACUGCAAAACAUCCAGGAAGAAACCACUGUCGACAGUGGCUUGGCCUCACAGCUGGAUCUGUCCUGCAUGGCCCAGGGCUUGAUUCAUGCUCCGGAGAUAGACAAUGGCUACGUCGUCAAGUACAACAGACGGAGAAAAGAUGACCACAUCUUUCUGGUGGCAUUCUACGAGUGCGACGACUACUACGAACUGCAGCCACCGGACACGGAUCGAUUGUUCUGCAGCGGGAAGCAGUGGAUAGGCAAGACGCCCAGCUGUGUGUCGACGCGGGGCGAGGACGAAGAGGAUGAAGAAGACGAAGAAGAGGACGAAGAUUACGAUGAAGAAGAGGAAGCAGAAAUAGAUCCCGAGCUGAAGCUUAGUGAACCGGAAAGCACUAAGGAUAGCCAACAACUUCCGGAAAUCAUCCCUCUACUUCCAACAACUACAACAGGACCAACAACUGAAAUCACAGAGCAUUCACCGGAUGAGCACCACGUGGAAUCGAGUUCUCCUACCCCUUCCGAACAACACAAGCAUCACGUCGUGGAAGAAGUUGAGACGAGAGUUGAUCAUACAUCUCCUCCAGAAACACAUCCAGCUUCCGAAGAUGGAAAGCAAAUUGAAGAAACUGUUACUGACGGCGAACACGUAGAAGAAGAUGAAGAAAAAGAAGCAGAAAGUGACCCGACAGAUGAAGAACCCUCAGAAGUACCUGUGAAAUUUGGCACUUGUGGUGUUGAUCGGGGCGGUUGCGACCACGAGUGUCACGAUGGACACGAGUCGCAUCCGGAGGUGUGGUGUUCCUGUUAUCACGGAUUUUUACUCGAUGAACACGAUGGCCGCACAUGUCACGACAUCAACGAAUGUUCCGAAAAUAACGGAGGCUGUGAGCAGACCUGCACCAACAAACCCGGGUCCUUCGAGUGCAGCUGUCAGCCGGGACUUCAGAUUGACGUUCUCGACGGUCGAACCUGCAUCGACAUCAACGAGUGCCUGCUGCGGAAUGGCCACGGCCCCUGCCAGGACACCUGCAUCAAUCGGUGGGCCAGUUACAGUUGCACUUGCGAAGGACUGCCGGGAACUCGUCUCUCGGCGGACGGCCACAGCUGUGAGGACGCCGGUGAAUGUCCGAAGGCCGGCUGCUCCCAUCAGUGCCUCAGUACGAUGGGCCGGACGUAUUGCCUGUGUCCGAAGGGAUUUUCCCUGGGGGACGAUUGGAAAACUUGCCAAGAUAUCGACGAAUGUGAGGACCCUUCAGUUGCCGAGCUUUGUCCGCAUGGCUGCGAAAACCUACACGGAUCGUAUCGAUGCCGUCAUCCGGAACCCAGCUCCACCGAAACACCAGUAGCACCAGCAGAGGAUGAGACCGCUGAAGGCGAAGAAGAAGAAGAAGAAGAAGACGACGAUGAUACUGGUGACACUGAGGAAGACACUCACCAUGGUAAUGAAGUUGAUAUGUCCCCUACAACAUCUUCCACAACCACAACGGAAAUGCCUGAAAUUAAGCCCGAAAUGGUCUCAGAAGGAGCCCUUCCGGAGGGCGACAUCGACGACGACGAAGAUGAUGAUGAAGGCAGCCAAUUGAACAACGAACUGGAAUCUUAUUCGCCACAAAUACCGGCAAUCGAUGGAUCAGAGAUUGACGACGGCGACAAAGGGCAAGCGGGUGCUGAUAGGCGGCAAAAUGAGGUGGAAAUUCAUCAUCAUCCCCAUCGGCACCACCAUGGGGAGGAGAAGGAGGAGAACGUUUUACCAGAGGAAAUCGAACCUAGGACUCACACCUCUACGACAACGGAGUCCUAUCUGUAUCCUCCGGAUGAAGAUGACGCAGAUGAGGAAGAUGAUGAUGACUAUUUGAAUCCGGAUGGGGAGGAACCUGUUUUGACGACGACGACGACUACUACCACAAGCACAACAACGACAAUGGCCCCACGGCAAUGCAGAGAUGGACUUCGAUUGAACUCUCACGGAGAUUGUGAAGAUAUCGACGAGUGCGUAGAGCAGGAGCAUGGGUGCGACCACUGCCGGAAUGCCUACGGUGGGUACGAGUGCACCUGUCCGGCCGGUUACGAGCUCGCUGACGAUGACAGGACCUGUCAAGAUAUAAACGAGUGCGAAGCUUACGGCCGGGAUGGAGAGGAUGACUACGGCGAUGAGGAAGAGGGCAGGGAUGGGGUGAGUAUUUGCUCACACGAGUGUGUGAAUACGGUCGGUUCGUUUGAGUGUAGAUGCCCGGAUAACUUUCAUCUGAAUCAUGAUCGGAGGACGUGCGUGAGAGAUUUCUGUGCUGAUUUGUACGAGAAUCCGAACAAAACGAGAUGCUCGCACGAAUGUAAGGACGGAACGGAGGGGUUCGUCUGUAGCUGUCCGGAGUUUUACAUUUUGGAUGAGUAUGAUCAGAAGACGUGUCGGAAUGUCUACAGCUGUGGGGAAGAGUACAAGAAACGAUGCAAUCCAGGAGUGUGUCGGAUGAUUGAGGGAGGUGACUAUAGGUGCGAGUGUCCUGCGGGGUAUCAACAGCAUGACCAUAGUUGUCACGAUAUCGAUGAAUGUGAGUUGGGUAGGCAUCUGUGUUCGCACAACUGCCACAAUACGGCUGGAGAAUACGUAUGUAGUUGUCCGAAAGGACUACAAUUGUCUACGGAUAGUAAAACUUGCGAUGACAUUGAUGAAUGCGGAGGACAAGAUAAUGAGGACCUAUGUGGGGACCUGAAUUGUCUGAACACUUACGGAAGUUAUCGUUGUGUUUGUCCAGAGGGCAAGGAGCUAGACGAAUAUGGUAUCUGCAGACAGAUGGAUCUAUGUACGACCGAUAACGGAGGUUGCUCCCAUAUUUGUACGUUCUUCAACAGAGAAACCUUCUGUGAUUGUCCAGAUGACAUGGAACUGGCAGAAGAUGGUAAAACUUGUACUACGAUCAACGAUUGCAAUCUUAACAACGGUGGUUGUUCACAUUUCUGUAAUCCUGAUGGUGACGCACUUUGUAGCUGUCCACAGGGAUUCAAGCUAGGUUCCGAUCAGCGAAUCUGCCAUGACAUCAACGAAUGUCAUGAAGACAACGGAGGAUGUGAGCAAAACUGUCUCAAUUUCGAAGGUGGCUACAAGUGCAGCUGUUAUGGUGGUUUCGAACCAUCAUCGAAUGAUAACAGUUCCUGCGUAGACAUUGAUGAAUGCUCCACCAGUCAGGGUGGAUGUGACCACGUUUGCCACAAUACUGAAGGUUCCUUCCACUGCACUUGCCACAGCGGAUAUCGCCUAUCUGAAAACGGUCAUUCAUGCACGGAUAUAAACGAAUGUGAAAUAGCCAAUGGAAAUUGCUCUCACAUCUGUAUCAACCUUCUAGGAGGUCAUCAGUGUUCCUGCCCAAAAGGCCUCUACUUAAUGGAAGACGCGCUAACAUGUGAAUUUGUCAAUGAAUGCGAGCUGAACAAUGGCGGAUGCUCACACGGAUGUCAUUACGAGCAUGGUGUGGUAUCCUGUACAUGUCCAAAAGGAUUCGAAUUAGAACGCCACAACUUCAAAACCUGCAUCGACAUCAACGAGUGCGAACACACAAAUGGUGGAUGCUCGGACACCUGCACCAAUCUGCCGGGAAGUUAUCACUGUUCUUGCCCGAAAGGGUUCGAUCUCGGCCGUAACCGCCAUACAUGCGAAGACAUCGACGAGUGCAUCGAAAACAACGGAAACUGUUCGAACAUCUGCAUCAAUCUACUUGGUGAUUACAAAUGUGCAUGCGAGGCUGGAUUCGAGUUGGAAGACGAUCAGCAAACUUGUCGCGACGUAGACGAGUGCUCCACGAAGAUCCACGAUUGCUCUCAUAUAUGCGUGAACGUGCCUGGAACCUUCGAGUGUGAGUGUCCUUCUGGGUUCAUCCUCGGGCGGGACAAGUUCUCUUGUGAAGAUAUCAACGAAUGUGAGACUCUGCCGAACAAGGCUGGUUGCGAACAUCACUGCAUCAACUUGCCUGGCUCGUAUCGCUGUGGUUGCGAGGAUGGUCAUCGGUUAGAGGUAGAUAAUCGGACCUGUUCGGAUAUUGAUGAGUGCUCUGACGAACUGAAGAAAUGCUCUCAUGAUUGUUUCAAUACGAAGGGAGGCUUUGAGUGUUCGUGUCCGUCCGGAUUAAGGUUGCAUGUAGACAAGGUGACCUGUCUUGAUAUAGAUGAGUGCAAGAUCAACAACUUCAACGGAGGUUGUUCACACAUCUGCGAAAAUCAGCAUGGAAGCUUUAAAUGUCUAUGUCCAGAAGGGAUGACUUUAGGUGAAGAUCAUUCAACAUGUGAAGAUGUAGAUGAGUGUUCAACUCUGAAUGGGGGCUGCAGCCAACGAUGUGUCAAUUUCCCUGGAGGGUAUAGAUGUGAAUGUGAGACUGGAUAUGCGCUGAUGAGUGAUAACAAAACUUGCGAAGUUAGCAAUCCCUGUGCGCUAAGGAAUGGUGGAUGCCAACACUUUUGCCAUCUUCGGGAAGGCGUUCCUAUAUGUUCAUGCCAAGAAGGAUUUGCAGUUGAUAAAUCCAACUCAGCCAAUUGCAUAGAUAUCGACGAGUGUCUAUUGCCCAGCACCAACAAUUGUCAACAGAAAUGCGUCAACACGGAAGGUUCAUACACAUGCCAAUGCAACUCCGGGUACGAGAAGAACGAUUUAGGCCAAUGUAUCGAUGUAAACGAAUGCCUAGGAAACAACGGAGGAUGUGGUUACAAAGCAAAAUGUGUUAAUCUGGCGGGUAGCCACCGAUGUGUAUGCCCUCCAGGGCACAAAAUGGGCAGGGAUCGUAAAUCGUGCUUUGAAAUAAAAGAUCGUUGUAAACCGUUGACAUCUCCAAAGAACGGCGAUGUAAGAUGCUCCCGAUCACGGCAUAAGACAGAGCUGUACUACCGUACAAAGUGCUUCAUUACAUGCAACAAAGGCUUCAAACUACUUGGACCAAGUACGAAACAUUGCAACGGUACUGGACUAUGGGAUAAAGAGGAAUCGCUAUGUGUUCCUCAGUCUUGUCCUCGGCUCAGUCGUCCAGAGCAUGGAACGAUCCUUCCAGUUGCCUGCAUGUCUGGCAAGAUCUUCGCUGGCGAACGUUGUGUCCUUCAUUGUAAAUCUGGCUACAAACCAGUUGGCAAACGGACUACCGUAUGUGACACAGAGCAGAGGUGGACUCCUACGCCGAAUCUUCGCUGCGUUCCGAUAGCUACCACAACGCCGCCUCCAAUGACACCUCACAUCCAGUGUCCACCGGAUGUCCACGAAGUGCUUCCGGUUGGUCAUUACACUAUGAAGAUUCGAUUGGAUCAACCGAAGACCAACGUCGAUUGGCAUCAGUUCGUCGAUGCCCACCCGGCAUGGGGUAAGCACUUGGAGGCGGAGCUACCUGCCGGUGAGGUCGCAGUGACUUUCCGUGCCAGAAGUCCGAACUCUCCAAUGAACGAUGUUUGUCGAGUUUUGAUCAAGAUUAGAGAACGAAGACAUCCGCAGGUUGUCAACUGUCCGGAAUCUUUCAACGUUCAACUAGAUGGUCAUGAGACCUCCCGUUCGGUUUACUGGGUUGAACCGAACUUUGAGACUGAUUCAGAGAUUAAGCAGCUGUACAAAUCCCACAGUCCCGGUCAGGUGUUGAUAGCUGGCGUGCACUACGUGAACUACGUAGCGACGGAUGCCGAUGGGUUGAGUGCCAAAUGUAGCUUCGGUAUAACCGUUAAAGCUCCCAUAGAACCUUACGGACUUCGAAGGACGGUUCACCAGCGUCCACUGGAGACCAACCGGCUCGAAAACCACGAAUCCUACCUUAUAUGUCCGGGCAAGUCUCCCAUCCUUGUAGACCCCAACAGCCCCGGUCGAUAUCAGCGACGCUUCUAUUGGCUUCCGAGUGUUCGCAGAAAUCAGGUGCAGACGCGAUCGCUACAUAUUCCGCAAGGAUGCACGGUGAGAAAUAUCCAAAUCAAGAAAAAGUUGGCUCGGCUGCGGCACCAGCAACAGGUGCUCCAGAGACACUUGCAGGAGCUUGAGGAAUCUCCCAAUCCAGACCCUUCGGCUAUUGAGCAGCACCACAGGAAAUACAACAACUUCCUCCGCUACUACUCCUCGUGGGAUAAUGCGUACAGCCAGCAGCAGGAGAAUCACCCGCAGCAGCAACACCGUCUUCACCAUCAGGAAGAACACUCCUACCACCAACAGGCUAUGCAAACCACUUCCCAUCCCCGGAGGUGGUUCAAGAAGCGCAGCAAGGACAAUGUCGAGCAGAAGGAAAAACUUGCACCGUCCAGUAGUGCAGCAGAAGCUCCGAAGCAGCAGCAGCAAGAUGCUUAAAAGUGCUGAUGUGUUGAAACCUUGAACCUCAUUCGAUGGCUUUCGAUAUCUCAUCCUUAUCGUCGUCGUGGUGCCAGCAGAAGAAGCAAUAGAAAGGACUAUCUCCGCACGGAGCGCCACAUUUAUGCUGACUAACAACAUGUGCCAUCAUGGCAGAAUAAAGCGAAGAAUGCAUGUGCUUAAAUACUUGACAUUUUUCAUAAUGUACCUAGGUAGGUACGUACGUUCUUCGGUGAAGUGGUUUUUAUCGUCGUUUCUUAAUCGGAAGGAAUCGAUGCCAGUGUAGGUCUCCACUUGUGCGAAGAGUUUUAUUUUUUGUGGGAGACCUUGGCUUGAAGAAAUCCUUUGUUUGGGGGAAAUACGUGUGUGGUUCGCCUGGCUGAGCUUUUAUUGAUUACUAGC